AGGAAUUCUAAUUUAAUGAGCAAAAAGUCUCAUUACAAACCUUCAAAAAAAUACAUAAAGAAAGUGGACUAACUUUCAGAUAAACUAGAUAAAGAAAUAUAAGAUAUUUUCUGAACAACUUAAAAGUAUUGAAGGUAAUGUAUUGCUAACAAUUAUUAUAUUAUAUUAAGGAAUAGCUUUAGAUAUUUGAUUCAAAUGGGUUUCCUUUUACAUAUUAAUCGACGAAUCCAAAAUGCUCAAGGGAAAAAAAAUACCCUUGUAGUCCUAAUAAAAUAUCAUUUAAAUAUUAUUGGAUGUAUAUGA